AUGUUUCACUGUGAAGCAUGUGUCACGUCAUUUACUCGACAUGAUAAUUUAAGAAGACAUAUAAAAAUGCAUGAUAGUUCGGGUUUCAAGUGUAAUUUUUGUGACAAACUGUUCACUCGAAACGAUAAUCUAAGCAGACACAUUAGAAUAUUUCAUUCUGGAAAAGAAGCUUGUUCUGGUUUAGUGAUUAAGGAUGGAAACGUAAAUGAAUCUCAAGAUGAUAUUCCGACCAGUGUGAUGUGGGAAUGGGACGACGCUGUAAAUUACGUUGUAUGUAACAAGGCACAUGAUGCAACUCGCGUUGAUGUUAGACUAUCGGUAAAAGACGAUAAUAUUACAAUUUCACCGCUGGUGUUUGUACCGAAUAAUCAAGCAGGAAUUUCAGAAUAUGGCUCUACGAAGAUAAAUAUCGACAGACUUUCGGGAAAUACAAUUGAUGAAAACUACAAAGAUCAAAUAAAAAAAAAUUGGGCAUGGAUUAAAGAGAUGUUAUCUUUGAUUAAUUCAAUUGAAGGUAAAAAUGAAGAACAACAAAAAAUAAUUUUGCAAGACGUAAUGACUAUAUGGCAUGCAAUCCAUGACAGCCACGCAAGCAAUUUGGAAAAACAAGGAGAAAGCUUAAUAUCUAACUCAGCUGCCACAAAACCAAAGGUAUACGUUUACGGAAAACAAUUGUCCUUCCCAGAAAAAAAACGAAGAAUUAAGAAACACUAAUUCAAAUUUUGAAGACUUUCAUGCUAAUAUAUUCGAGGAAAAGUCAUAUAACAUCAAUGGAACUGAAACUAAUCAAAAUUCGUCAAGUAAUACUGAUGAUGGAAUAAGAUGCCUCGAAGUUGAAAAAAAAUUCUUCUUCUUUCAGUGAAUGUUCAACAAACAAGCGUAAAAAGGCCAGUGUGGAGAAAGCACUUAUUCAUUUUAUAAAAAACUACAAAAUAAAAAGA